AUGUCUUCUCGGAUCGUUCUGUACGGCAGCGAUGGCGCUUGCUCCUUCAUCCCUCAUUCCCUCCUGAACGAGCUCAAUAUCCCAUACGAACUGAAAACGAUGGUGUGGAAGGAAGGCAAGAUACAAGCCGAGGAUGGGAGCCUCUCGUAUAAUGACUACAAGAAAAUCAAUCCAACGGGAUACGUACCUGCUCUGUCCGUUGGUAUCGCAACGAUCACGGAACUACCGGCUAUUGUCGCCUACAUCGCAAGACUGGCGCCUGAGCGCAAGCUCCUCGGAGGCGAUCCGUUGCAACGUGCGAGAGUUGAUGAGUGGAUGGCUUGGUUGAGUGGCACGCUUCAUGGGACUGGUUUUGCGGGACUCUGGCGUCCAUCCCGCUUCUCUGAGGAGGGGGCUGCUGCGGAUUCGAUCCGCAAGAAGGGCCACCAGGUCGUAGUGGGGUGCUUUGAGCAGAUUGAGCAAAGCAUCGGAAGCGAUCAUGCUGUUGGCGAUUCGCUGACCGUGGUUGACUUUGCCUUGUACCUCUUCUGGCGAUGGGGAGUGCUCAAGAUGGGAGCAGCUGAGGGCUAUAUGGAGUUGAGCUUUCCCAGGUAUACUCAGCUGGCGAGCAGGAUGGAGAGCGUGGUGAGCAUCAAGCAGACAAUGGAUGAAGAGAGGCUACCUCUGGCGUCGUCUGAGCCAGCGAUGUCUCCGAGUGCUGAUCCCGCCACCAACGGCAACGUCAAUGGCCAUACCAAUGGAGCAACGACAACGAACGGAACGACCUCGAACGACUACAAAAUCCCGCUAAACGAUCUGUAUGCAUUCACACCACGUAAACUGCGAGUCGUGACGAUUGGUGCUGGCUUUUCUGGUUUGCUUAUCGCCCACAAGUUCCAGCAUCGAUACCCUGAGAUGCAAGAGUAUGUUGACCAUACCAUCUACGAAGGCCACUCGGAGUUGGGAGGAACAUGGCUUGUGAACACUUACCCGGGAGUACAAUGUGACGUACCUUCGCACAUAUAUGCAUUUCCAUUUGAUCCCAACCCAGACUGGUCGAGGUUCUACGCAAGCGGAUCAGAGAUCCAAGAGUACAUUCUACGAACCACACGCAAAUGGAACCUGGACAGAGACGUCAAGCUGAAUCAUUGGGUGCGGGAGGCCAGAUGGUUAGACGACCGGGGCCAGUGGCGAUUGACGCUGGAGAACGACGGACGACGGUGGGAUGAGUAUACUGAUAUUCUACUUUCUGGUCAAGGAGUCCUCGUACACCACAAGUGGCCGACGAUCCCUGGGUUACAUGACUUCGAAGGCCAUACCACACACUCCGCCAACUGGACCCACGACUACGACUACAGCAACAAGCGAAUUGCUGUCAUCGGCAAUGGAUCAUCAGGCAUUCAAAUCGUCCCCCAAAUGCAGAAGCUUCCGGGCACAGAUGUGACGAACUUCAUCCGAGGACCAACAUGGGUCUACUACCGAGUACCGCCAUCGAAGCAUCUAGGCCGCGAGACAGAUGACCCCAAUCCCGAGUAUACGGAAGAGGAGAAGAAGCGCUGGCGGGAGGAUCCUGAGGAGCUCAAGCGGUACAGGAAGGGCAUGAUUCAUCGUACCAACAAGGCGUUCAAGAUGUUCGUCAAAGAUUCAGAAGGUGCCAAAGACGCCAUGGCUUUUGCGGCAGAGCAGAUGUCUGCUAAGCUCAAGCAUGACCCUGAACUUACCUCAAAGAUGAUCCCGAACUGGGAGGUCGGAUGCAGAAGGAUUACACCCGGUCCAGGAUAUCUUGAGUCGUUGACCCAGCCGAAUUGCCACCUUACCAACAGCAAGAUUACGCACAUAUCGAAGAAUGCGGUGCAUACGGAAGAUGGUAAAGCGCAUGAGGUCGAUGUUGUCGUCUGUGCCACCGGAUUCGACGUCUCGCACUGCCCGCAUUACCCUAUCAUCGGACGAAACGACGUUGAUCUAGCAGACAAGUGGCGAGACGAGCCAGAGUCCUACAUGUCUGUCGCUGCCUCAGACAUGCCGAACUACUUCCUAAUGAUGGGGCCCAACGCCGUCGUCGGCCAUGGCUCGUUGAUGGAAGCAUUGAACUGGACCGGCGACUACUUCUGCAAGUGGAUCAGGAAAAUUGCCACCGAAGACAUCAAGUCGGUCGUGCCUACUCAUAAGGCUGUCGACUCCUUCGUCCGGUACGGGGAUGAGAUCCACAAGACGUUGGUAUGGACGGGCAACUGUGUCUCGUGGUACAAGAAGGGUCGGAUAGAUGGACGAGUGACGGCGUUAUUUGGUGGAAGCGCAUUGCUGUACAAAAAGCUGAUCGAGGAGAUCCGAGCUGAGGACUUUGAUAUUGAGUAUCGCAGCAGUAACCCCUUCAGAUUCCUCGGGAACGGCUUCCUGGCGGAGGAGUAUGAUGAUGAGUCUGAUCUUUCUUGGUACAUAGAGAAGUAG